AUGAGCUCAAAACUUAAAUUAACCUCCACACAAAAGAAUACACUCCAACAAUUCCGUAAUAUUACAUCAACAUCCGAGAAGGUUGCCACAGAUUUCCUCAAAAAGUCAAACUGGGAAUUGGAUAGAGCUGUUGAUGAUUAUUACAAUAGUACUAAUGGUGGUUUGAGCUCUGUCACCUUGUCUAAAGAAAUGGAAGAAGCCUUUGAAAAAUACAAACAAGCCAGUAACAAUACAAACGAAGACACUAUCAACAAUGUUACUCUUGAUGGUAUUUUGGAACUUGCCAAAGACUUGGAAACUGAUCCAGAAUCAGAUCCUCUCAUCUUUGUUUUAUUCUACAAACUUGGUUGCAAGUCGGCCUAUAAUAUUACUCCUGAUGAAUGGAAGCAAGGUAUGGGUGGUGAUUUAAAGGUCACAAAGAUGGAUCAAUUGAAGAAGAAGAUUAGUCAAGUCAAGUCUGAUAUUUACAAUGAUAAUCAACUAUUCAAAGACUUUUAUGAAUAUGUUUUUGAUUACUCUUUGGAUGAAGGAGCAAAGACUGUUCCACCAGAUAUUGCUAUCGGUCAAUGGAAAUUGAUUAUGAAGGGAAAGUACAAAUUCUUGGAUGCUUGGUGUGAAUAUAUAGAAAAGGUCUUCAAGAAGGCUAUUACAGCUGACACUUGGAAACUCUUCUUGGACUUUACCAAGAAUUAUGCCACUGGUGACUAUAAGGAUUACGAUGCUGAUGCAGGUGCUUGGCCAGUUGCUAUUGAUGAUUUCUGUGUUUGGCAUCAAGAAAAGUUGAAGAAAUAAACAUCUUCAACCUCUAGUGU